AUUGGGGCCUUCGCCGAUGAGAUACUAUCGAUCAGAUCGGGCCUGGAUUGGAUGAUGGAUCUAGACCACGUUGCAGCUGAUUCUUUAACGGCCGUGGUGCGUCGGGGAGGCGGGUUCUAGCAUUCCUCAUCGGACGAGCUGCUGCCACCGAAAGGACAUACAAAACCCAAGGGGACUCCGACCGAAAGAAAUGCGGCGGCCUAGACUAUCGCACUAUCGUGCCCUCCCUUCUUCGCUCGCCUCACUGGUAUUGGUCUGUCUCACUACCGACUUGUCUGACUAUCUGGGGGGGUUUUUUUUUUUUUUUUGUGGCGCGCCGGGUCUACGCCGCAUUCGCCUACGGGAUCAGCUUACGGCCGGCAGCAGCGGCGGGCCAAAGACAAACAACUGGGACCGUGAGCUCAGGAGGUCGUUUCUGAGCUAGCGAAUGCGAAUGCGUUGCUGAACGCCGAACGUUCG